AGAUAGAAAGAGAGGAAUAAAAACCCUAAAGAAAAGACUCAUCGACGCUACUUCCCCCUUUCCUCAUCUUCGCCGUCGACGGUUAGGGUUUUCGUCGUCGCCCGAUUCAGCGGUUGGAUUACAUUUUGAUUUCUAUGGACGGUUCCGUUGAUCAGACUACACAAUCGAUUUCCAAACUAUCCAUGGAUUCUUCUUCUACCUCUGAUACUGGUGCUACUACUGAUGGAGCUAAAGCUCCGAGUAAAAAUGCUCUGAAGAAGGAACUGAAGAUGAAGCAGAGAGAAGAAGAGAGGAAGCGCAAGGAAGAAGAGAAGGCUAAACUUGCUCCAAAGGCGACGAGCUCCCAGAGCCGCCAGAAGUCUGUGGCAGCAGAUGAUGAGGAUAUGGAUCCAACGCAAUACUUUGAGAACAGGUUGAAAUAUCUUGAGGCGGAGAAGGCAAAGGGGGAGAAUCCAUACCCUCACAAGUUUGCUGUGUCAAUGUCUAUUCCUGAGUACAUUGACAAGUAUGGUAGUUUGAACGAUGGUGAUCAUGUUGAAGACGCUCAAGUUUCUCUUGCUGGGAGGAUAAUGAAUAAGCGAUCUUCCUCUUCCAAGCUCUUCUUCUAUGAUCUACAUGGUGAGGAUCUCAAGGUUCAAGUUAUGGCUGAUGCAAGUAAGUCAGGAUUGGACGAAGAUGGGUUUUCAAAGCUCCAUGCGAAUGUUAAGCGUGGUGAUAUUGUUGGUGUCACUGGGUUUCCAGGAAAAUCCAAGAAAGGAGAGUUAAGUAUCUUCCCCAGAUCAUUCAUUGUUCUGUCCCAUUGCCUCCACAUGAUGCCGAAAAAGGCUGAGUAUGAUACCGCAAAGGUGAAGGCUGAGAAUGAUACUGCAAAAGCAAAGAAACCUGAAAACUGGAUUCCAGGUCAACCAAGAAAUCCCGAAGCAUAUGUUCUUAAAGAUCAGGAAUCUCGAUACCGCCAGCGUUAUCUUGAUCUGAUGUUGAACGGGGAGGUUCGCCAGAUAUUCAAAACCAGAGCUAACAUCAUUUCUUAUGUCCGCAGAUUCCUUGACAGUAAAAGAUUCUUGGAGGUUGAGACACCUAUGAUGAACAUGAUUGCCGGUGGAGCAGCUGCCCGACCAUUCGUGACACAUCACAAUGAUCUAGACAUGAGGCUGUACAUGCGCAUCGCACCUGAACUCUUUCUGAAGCAACUUAUUGUCGGCGGCUUGGAGCGUGUCUAUGAGAUUGGGAAGCAAUUUAGAAACGAGGGUAUUGACCUGACCCACAAUCCGGAGUUCACCACUUGCGAGUUCUACAUGGCUUUCGCAGACUACAACGACCUGAUGAAAAUGACUGAGGAUAUGGUGAGUGGAAUGGUCAAGGAACUAACAGGUGGUUACAAGAUCAAGUAUCAUGCUAAUGGUUAUGAUAAGGAGCCAAUCGAAAUCGACUUCACUCCUCCAUUCAGGAGGAUUGAGAUGAUAGGAGAGUUGGAGAAGGUGGCUAACCUUAGCAUACCAAAAGAUUUGGCUAGUGAAGAAGCCAACAAGUACUUGAUUGAUGCAUGCGCCAGGUUCGAUGUGAAAUGCCCUCCUCCUCAGACAACAGCUCGUCUGCUAGAUAAACUUGUUGGAGAAUUUCUGGAAGUGACAUGUGUGAACCCAACGUUCAUCAUCAAUCAUCCCGAGAUCAUGUCUCCCUUGGCAAAAUGGCAUAGAUCAAACAACGCUUUGACCGAGAGAUUUGAGCUGUUUAUCAACCAACAUGAACUAUGCAACGCCUACACGGAGUUGAACGAUCCUGUGGUUCAGCGUCAAAGGUUUGCUGAUCAACUAAAGGAUAGGCAAUCUGGAGACGAUGAAGCGAUGGCAUUGGAUGAGACUUUCUGCAAUGCGUUAGAAUAUGGAUUGGCUCCUACUGGUGGGUGGGGAUUGGGUAUAGACAGGCUUACCAUGCUCUUUACCGACUCUCAGAACAUCAAGGAGGUUAUUCUCUUCCCGGCAAUGAGACCACAAGACGAUCCAGCAUCUGUUAAAGCUUCUUUGCAAGCAGAGAACAAAGGAGAGUAGAGCACAGUUUUCAUCUCUUUUGCCUUUUGCCUCUAAAGUUUGGUAGUCAAAUUGCUAUUAUGCAACUUUAAUUGCGAUGUACGAACAAACCAUAUUUUUACAAACAACUUGUUAUUAUCAAAACCCUCUGUAAGACCUUUUGGAUCUCUUUUAUUGUCUUCUAAUCUCGUUCUCCUAAGA